AGCUGUUCAAUCCCACAUUAUCAAAAGACAUUUCAUCCCGGUCAAAUCUUGGAAGCUCCGAAGUUUCAUCGUUUUAUUUCAUGGUUUUUUCCGUUGCUUGUACGUCUUCAUUAUCUUGGACUCAUCCAAGUUCUGUAUGUAUGUAUAUAAACAUACCAUGACAAAUGGCCAAUAGCAAAGAAGAGAGACAGAGAGAGAGAUGUACGUGACAAGGCGUCUUUCGGAGUACAGAAGGGACCCCAGCAAGCUCUCAACUCCACCCCAUACAGCUCCUAAUUCAGGCUAUAUGGUCACCAUGGAUACAGCACUAGAGACUGAGGAGACAUGUUGUUGGGGCCUCUGUGAUUCAAACGAAGUGAAAAAUUUGCCUUUUCCACAAAACAAAACACUGGUUGUCUCUCACAGCGAUGAUGAACACCCGAUAUAUGAGCUCUUGUUCAUCCCAGUUCUUGACGAGCCCCUCUCCUCUAACGGCUACUAUGUUAUCCACGCAAAAGGCAGUAGCAAAGGGCAAGCAUGCAUGUGCGCGACGGAAGAGGAUAAGAUCAAGUCGAUUUUUGGAGACCAUGUACGAAAUGUGAAACCAAAAGCUUUUGACCCUACGAAUGUAUACCAACAAGUGGAAAUUUGUAAUGUACCCUCUAGAGGUUUUUACGCCAAUUCUGCACUUCCUAACUGUUACCCUCCAUCAUUUCUAAGGGAAAAGUACCGAACAGCUGCACACUCAAGCCCGUCUUAUUAUAGUUUUGAUGACGCUCCAGGGAAAUGGUAUUCUCCCUUUGUAUUCAUAAAAGAGGAAGGUUCUGUGAAGACCCAAAUGAAGAAAUCUUUGUUUUACAAGAUGACUUUAGAGCAAUAUUGGGAGCAAAUUUACUCCCAGGAGAAUCAUGGCGGUGAAGGAAACAUUGUGACGGUGAACACGAAUGUAGAGAUCAGGGAAGUGUAUUGUCUAGAUGGCAUGAAAGCUGUGAGAGUUGAUGGCAAUGUUAAUGAGUCUGAUGGUUUUAUUUGGUUUAGGGUUCAGAACCAGAAUAGUGGACGCGUGGGCUUGAGUUCAGCCAUCGUGGAUGGAAUGAGAGGGAUUCAAAAGGAAGGAGGGUCGGUUGAUGGGCAAGAUAGCGAGGUGUGGGCUGAGAAAGUAGAGGUGACUGACAAUUUGUGGAGGAGACUUUGUGGUUAUGUGUUGGUGGAGAGCUUUACUUUGAGGAGAAUGGAUGGAAGUUUAGUGCUGAAUUGUGAUUUCAGGCACACCCAACGGAUUAAAACCAAAUGGGAAUGAAUCAAAAUCCUCGGCUACAUCAACGUUCA